AUGAAAAUAAAAAAUAUUAUUUAUUUAUAUUGUUCAGGUAUUGCUUACUUGUGUUUUUGGUGCCGAAAAAAAGUUAAUGGUGAAUUAACAUUCUAUGCUGCUGGAGACAAUUGCCCAGGUGCUGAAAUUGCUUACCAACAACAUCUAUGCCACAGGCUGGUGGAUUAG